AUGGUCGAGAAGAACAAUGGAUUGUUGAUGGAGCCAAUCAACAAGGACGAUAAGGACGGCCACAACAGUGAGAAUAAGAAGGCGGAGCUCAUCGCCGUCGGCCGCCAGCUCUGCAGGGAGAAGAAAAACGACAAUGCGUUAAUUAUAAAGAAGUCAACAAUGCCACCUGGUGUGCAAAGGGUCCUAAGGUAUAUGUUAUCCACCAUUGGUAUUGAUCCAUUAGAAUAUUUGAUUCCCGUGAGGGGCGGCGACCCAUGCUGGACGUGUGAUGAGGGGAGUGUUGUUGAUGCGACCUGGCGGACAGAUAUCAAGGGUGAUGUUGAGGCCGGCGGCAAAAUAAAUGGCCAAAUGGGGCUCCUCAAUGCAAGUGAGAAGGCUGAUUGA